AACCAUUUGAACUAUUUGUACAAACAGGUCCCUCAAGGUCGUCAAAAAAGAGGUAAGUUCAGUCAUAAGUUGUGCGGUGGUUUGGGCUUUUCGCUCUAGUUUUUGAUUUAUAAGAUUGUCUUAGUCAUAGAGUUGUGUUGUUUCUGUUCAUUGUCGGUCUCUUUCACUAUGAAGUGUGCGCUUGUUGUGUCGUUGACUCACUUUAUCUUAUGUUCCUUUUUCUAGCACUCCAAGCUAUUGUGCGUGUUCUUCUUGUACUCAAAGUACCUUCUGGCCUGACACAAACCACAACAACUGACUCCCGUCCCUUGUUCAGGGUUCGUCUGACUCCAUAACAAUACAAAUUACUGCCAACAAAACUACACAUGUUCAAAAAGUUUGACGAAAAGGAGGACAUUUCCUGUACAAAUAAUGCUAAGAACUCCAUCGUGAAAUCUUUACGCACUAGACUGACUGAAGGUUAUGGCAUUGAUAUUAAAAUGGUUGAUCAGAUUUUACCUAAGAAAGAUGUUGUAAAACACAUUAAGUGUCAUGAACAUGUCGACUUGUAUUCAGAUUCUGACGGUGAAGUCAUGUUUUUCCGACAACGUGAGGGUCCGUUUAUUCCAUCGCUGAGAUUGCUUCAUAAAUAUCCUUUCAUCCUACCUCAUUUACAAGUUGACAGAGGUGCUAUCAAGCAUGUUUUAAAUGGGUCAAAUAUUAUGUGUCGUGGUUUGACAUCACCCGGUGCUCGGAUGACAGAAGUUCCUAAGGAGUCAGUUGUUGCUGUAAUGGCAGAAGGCAAAACAAAUGCACUCGCAGUUGGUAUUACUAUGUUAUCUACUGAUGAGAUCUUGUCAACCAACAAUGGCAUUGGGGUCAAAAAUAUACAUUAUUUGAAUGAUGGAUUAUGGCGUCUCAAAGGCGUACGAUAGUUGACUUUGUUAAAAGAACUCUGGGUACAUUCUUAUUUGUACAUAGACCUUGUUAUCACUCCCUCGAAUGAUUUGUAAUGUACUUGCAGAAGUGAUAAUAUCUGAGUUUAUAAAUAAACUUUUGGUGUGAAA